GGUGACCUGACUGCCAAAAUUAAAGAAAGAAGAGUUAACCUGCACUGCAGACGCACAAUAAAUAAUACGAAUCAUCACAGACAGCCGAUUAAACAUUUCGGAAAAAGCAUUGUGAAAUUGUAUAAAGUCUACACAGCAUGACAGAAAAAACAAGUAGCGAAGACGAGUUCCAUGAUGCGCUCAGCGAACCAAAUCCAUCCGUAGAAAAAGUUUCAACAACAGCGUCAGAAAAUGAGAAAUUAAUCGAGGACAUCAUAAAGAAGAAUAGCGAUUUACGACUAGACGCGGAUGACGAUGAUGAGGAGGGUGCUGCUGGUGGCAAAAGUGACGUCGACGACGACGAUAAAAAGGAAAUUUUACAACCCGAUGGCGAGUUAAGCAUUGAAGAAUUACAGGAACAAGAAAAAGGUUUGAGUUCCGAGGCGUUGGAAGCGAAUAAAGAAAAGGCAGCGAAACUAAAGCUGGAGGGAAAUGAAUUCUUUAAGAAUGAGGAGGCGUUGCGCGCUGUGGAAGUUUAUACAGAAGCACUCAACAUUUGUCCUUCAGCAAACAGCAAAGAACGUGCCGUGUUAUUUGGCAAUCGGGCUGCAGCCAAAAUGAAGCUGUCAUCGAAUAAAUCGGCCAUUGACGAUUGCACCAAAGCCAUUGAACUCUAUCCUGAAUAUGUGCGGGCGUUAUUAAGGCGCGCAAAGCUUUAUGAAGGUGAAGAUAGACUGGACGAAGCUUUGACGGAUUAUAAGAGCGUCUAUGAAAUUGAUCCAGGACAGCGGGAAGCUCGUGAAGCAAAAAUGCGACUACCACCUCUGAUCAAUGAGCGCAAUGAGAAGCUCAAAACCGAAAUGAUGUCGAGCCUAAAGGAUUUGGGCAACAUGAUAUUGAAACCAUUUGGUUUGUCCACUGCGAAUUUUCAAAUGCAACAGGAUCCCAAUUCUGGUUCAUAUUCCAUUAAUUUUAAUCAGAAGAAUAAUAGUUAAUAUGGAAUGCAGUAACGUCGUGAUGUUUGUUAAAUGCUGAGCAAUUUUGGAGAUGAAAGAAAACAUUUAAAAUGCU